GCUCCCGCCGCCCUUCCUUUCAUUUCUGCUUUACCUUCUCCAAAGCGCUGGGUUUCCGUGUCAUAAAGUGAAGCCGAUCGCCACACUUGGUGAGAUGGUCCUGGUCCCGCGCGCUUCCAGUACAGGUGGACGGAAAGGGGGCUGCCUGCCAAAUACUUCUGGUUGGAGGGAGGGGUGAGAGUGCUCGCUCCAAACCACUCCUGGAAUGGCUUGACUCGCCCGGCGCGAAUCAAUGACACCCUCUCGCUGGCUGCCGCAGGCUCCUGGAGCUGCGCUGCCGCGUGGAUCCCCGGAUCCGGACCCUGGCGGCUGGCGGCGCUUGGGGACACAGCCCCGGACAGUAGCGUGGCGUCCCGAGGUGGCCAGGGGUCUGGCUGAGAACAUGGCCAAUGGCAUUGAUGAGCUCAUUGGCAUCCCCUUCCCCAACCACAGCAGUGAACUCCUUUGCAGCCUCAAUGAGCAGCGGCAUGCCGGCCUACUGUGUGACGUGCUGCUUGUGGUCCAGGAACAGGAGUACCCCACCCACCGCUCCGUGCUGGCUGCCUGCAGCAAGUACUUUAAGAAGCUCUUCACAGCUGGCAGCCUAACCAGCCAGCCCUACGUCUAUGAGAUCGACUUCGUCCAGCCUGAGGCCCUGGCCGCCAUCCUGGAGUUUGCCUAUACCUCCACACUCACCAUCACUGCCGCCAAUGUCAAACACAUCCUCAACGCUGCCAGGAUGCUGGAGAUCCAGUGCAUUGUGAAUGUAUGCCUGGAGAUCAUAGAGCCUGGUGGUGAUGGUGGUGAGGAGGAUGACAAGGAAGAUGAUGAUGAUGACGAAGAUGAUGACGAUGAGGAGGAUGAAGAGGAGGAGGAGGAGGAAGAGGAGGAGGACGAUGAUACAGAGGACUUUGCUGACCAAGAAAACUUGCCUGACCCCCAGGACAUCAAUUGCCACCAAAGCCCCUCCAAAACAGACCAUCUCACAGAGAAGGCCUAUUCAGACACACCCAGAGACUUCUCCGAUUCCUUCCCGGCCGACAGCCCUGGCCAUCUGGGGGUGAUCCGGGAUUUCUCCAUUGAAUCUCUGCUGAGGGAAAACUUGUACCCCAAAGCUAACAUCCCCGACAGACCUAGCUUAUCUCCAUUCACCCCGGACUUCUUCCCUCACCUCUGGCCAGGGGACUUUGGUGCCUUUGCCCAGUUGCCUGAGCAGUCCAUGGACAAUGGGCCACUGGAUCUAGUCAUCAAAAACCGGAAGAUCAAGGAAGAGGAGAAGGAAGAGCUUCCCCCACCCCCACCCCCACCCUUCCCUAGUGAUUUCUUCAAGGACAUGUUCCCUGACCUGCCCGGGGGGCCUCUAGGCCCCAUCAAGGCAGAGAACGACUAUGGUGCCUAUCUCAACUUCCUGAGUGCCACCCACCUGGGGAGUCUCUUUCCACCUUGGCCACUGGUGGAGGAGCGCAAGCUGAAGCCCAAGGCCUCUCAGCAGUGUCCCAUCUGCCACAAGGUCAUCAUGGGGGCUGGGAAGCUGCCGCGGCACAUGAGAACCCACACUGGGGAGAAGCCAUAUAUGUGUAACAUCUGCGAGGUCCGCUUCACCAGGCAGGACAAACUCAAGAUCCACAUGCGGAAGCACACGGGGGAGCGGCCCUACCUGUGCAUCCACUGCAACGCCAAGUUCGUGCACAACUACGACCUCAAGAACCACAUGCGCAUCCACACGGGCGUGCGCCCCUACCAGUGCGAGUUCUGCUACAAGAGCUUCACGCGCUCCGACCACCUGCACCGCCACAUCAAGCGCCAGAGCUGUCGCAUGGCCCGGCCCCGGCGUGGUCGCAAGCCCGCCGCCUGGAGAGCCACCAGCCUGCUCUUUGGGCCCGCGGAGCCCCCACCCGACAAGGCGGCCUUUGUGAUGCCCCCCGCGCUGGGCGACGUGGGCGGCCACUUGGGCGGCGCAGCCAUGUGCCUCCCAGGCCCCAGCCCUGCCAAGCACUUCCUGGCAGCCCCCAAGGGUGCCCUGAGCCUGCAGGAGCUGGAGCGCCAGUUCGAGGAGACGCAGAUGAAGCUGUUCGGGCGCGCGCAGAUGGAGGCAGAAAGGAACGCGGGUGGCCUCCUGGCCUUGGCCUUGGCCGAGAACGUGGCCGCCGCGCGGCCCUACUUUCCGCUGCCCGACCCCUGGGCCGCAGGCCUGGCCGGCCUUCCCGGGCUCGCCGGCCUGAAUCACGUGGCCUCCUUGUCUGAAGCCAACAACUAGACUGGCCCUGGUAGACCCCAGUCCUUGGCCCUGCCCCCUGCUCCCUGCCCUCCCCCUCUCCCAGGCCCACUCUGCACUCCCUCCAGUGGGUUUGAACUUUGUAUUUUGCAAACACAAAGGGAAA